GCAGAGAGGAGAUGGCCACAGCCCUGAAAAAAUGAAUUUUGUGUAUUUGCGUAAUAAAAGGAAAAGACUUUCGCCUGCUGUAGUGGAACACAGUGCGGUGAGAACCGGGGAAGAAGAAUAUGAAGACAGUGAGAGUGUCAUUUAUGAGUAUGAACCAGAUUAUGAAUGUGAGAGUGUUUUAUCUGAAGCUUCUUAUACUGGAUAUCAGCAGAAUCCUCUUAUGGAGGUCCUGAGUUAUUGCCAGGCCAUGUAUGAUGCCAUUCAGAAGUUGGAUAAAAAAUUUGACCUGCUUCAUCGUAAGGUCUCAGAAAUGCAGCAUACUCGUAUAAAGCCAUUGUUGCUCAAACCUAAACCAGUUGGAUUCACAUACAGAAGUUCCAGUCAUUUGCCUUCAGGAAAAAUAAGAGUACAAAAACACAUGGAAAGGGAUUUAAGUCUUCACCUUUCUUCAUCAGGGCAGGGAAGGCGUAGCCCAGCUGUAAGGACUGCUGUACAAAAUGGCCACGUUCGAGUCAAUUCCAAAGUACAACAUGCCCCACAUAGUUUUCAGCUUGAAUCUCAGCAGCCUGUUGGAAGGCAGAGCCCACCACUCCCCACUAUAGUUUCUACACAUUCAUUGCAUUCAUCAUACACAGCAGCUAAUGUGAUGCCUGACCUUUCACCACAAUCAAAUCUUGCUCCCAGCAUUGUGGAAAGUACUGUCAACAUUGCAUCUUCACCUGUGGCAUCACCAUCGAUACCAACACCAUCUGAGCCCAGCCAGGAGAAUAAUGCUGUGGAGUUGAGCUACAGAAAUUCAUCUGAGGAUGUGAAUAUUAGUGAAGAACUACCAUCUUCUUCAGAUUUAAUCAGUCCUGACUUGGAGUUUGUUGGUGACCCAGCAAGAAAUGUAAAAGUUCUUGGAAACCAUUUGAUGAAGGCUCGGCAAAAAACUAAACCCAAGUAUGCAGCACGCCACUUGGUCCGUGUCUUGUUCCCCAAGAAAACUUUAUUGUGCAGCGUGAUGGGAGCAAGUGCACGAGGGCGCAGGACACUGGAUCCAAACAAAAUUGCUGCAAUAAGAGAGUUUCUUGCAACUAACUUUCCAGCCUAUGAUUUGAGCGAGCAUGGGAAAGACUGGAAAACCUGUAUCACAAAUGUCAAUGCCAUGAUCCGCUGUUUGCGCUCGGAAACCAAAGCAAACCCAGCAAGUUCUAAGGAGAGAGCUGAGGGGAAAGAAGAAGCAUCUGAUGCUCCUGAUACGUCUCAUUAUGUAGAUUUAAAUUAUAAUGAAGAUAGUGGAGACAAAUCUCAAAACUCUCAGAAAAUGACCAGCUCCACAACUGACACAUUGCUGAAUUUAGGAUUGGAUAAGUUUCCAGAAGCUUUCCACGCAUCUUCACUCAACAAACAUUGUUUGGAACCUCUGGAACCUCUUGGGAGCCCGUCGCGCAACGUCCAGUUGCCGUUCUCAGUCAUUUACGUCGCCAAGGGGAAGACGCGGCCCGAGCUGUCAGCCCGCUACCUAAUCCGCCACAUGUUCCCUGAAGAUGUGCUGGUGAAAAGCAACGUCUAUGGUAGUCUUGAUCGUGGCAUGAGCCCGCUGGAUUCCAAUAAAAUUAAUGCACUCAGAGACUUUCUUCAAGACAAUUUUCCAUCCUUUGAUCUCAGUGAAAGUGGAUUUGAUUGGAAGGCAUGUGUGGCUGCCAUGAACAGCUCAAUCCGCAGUCUCAGACACGAGCUGAAAAAGGCGACGUCUGGAAUCCGCCACGGAGCCCUGGCAGUGUCACCCUCCAUUGCAGAGCCCCCCAGAGGGUACCACUCCCGCAGAGCCAGUGGGAGGCAUCUCUCAGAUUGAAGCUCUCUAGCAUGUCUCAAAUCUCAGUUUAGCAGGUUUCUGUCAAUUCCAUGUAGAAGCCUGUAAUAUCAAGCUGUCCUAUUUAACUGAGUUGUCAGCAGCACUAAAUAGUAUCACUUCAUGAGAAUAGAAUUAGCAGAGGGCUUUGGGAGUCCUAACUCUUUGCAUAGGUAGCGUUUGUGCUCCUCACAAAUUAUUUUCACUGCUCCCUGCAGCAUUUGCAUUAUGCUCUCUCCUAAAAGCAUCUUCUUCUCAUGAUUCAUUGAAUCUGAAAGAUUAAUCUGAUUAGAAGAGAUGCACUGUGCAUCAGUACAACAGAAGCAGAUGGAAAAGAGGAAAGAGUGGUCCUCCUUGGAGGGUGAAUCAUAGCCAGCUAAAUUAUCUCAUUAUGUAUGAGGAAUUAAAUUUGCUUUGACAAUUGGAUAUCUUCAGCACAAAUAUCAGAAAGGAAAAAAUAUUUUUAAUUGCAUUUAUUUAACUUGUUGUA